CAACUAAUUUUAUAAAACUUCAGAGAAGUCAAACACAUCAAAGAUGGAUAGGGCAAGUGAAAGCAGACUGUCGUUAGGCAGUGCUAAGUCAGGAGGUAAAGAAAAUGAAGAGUUGCCAUCAGAAAAAAAUGUAGACUCAUUUGGGAAAACCCCUCUACACAUUGCCUGUACAUAUGGCCAGAUCUCCAUGGUGGAGAAGUUACUAAAGCAAAAUCACAGCCCAAUAUCCAAGACAAAGACAGGACGCACACCACUUCAUGAGGUUUGUGUAGGGGGACACAAGGAGUGCCUCCGACUGCUGCUACAGAAUACCCCUGAGGUUAAUAUAAGGGACAGGGAUGGUCAGACCCCAGCCCACGUGGCAGCCUUCAAUGGGGAGCUGGGCUGCAUCAAAAUACUCCAGGAUAAAGGAGCAAAUCUAAUAGCUGAGGAUCACAGAGGUAGACAGGUGGCACAUUUUGCAGCCAUGAGAAAUCAUAAAAAGAUCCUUCAGUUCCUUUUUGACCAAGGAAUAGACUUGGACUGUCGCUGUGAGAUGGGAAAAACACCUGUACAUUAUGCUGCACAAUAUGGAGCCCUGGAGACUGUGAUUCUGCUGGUUCAGAGGGAUUGUGACAUCACACUGACAGACAACAAUGGCUACCUUGCUUCACACCAUGCUGCCAGACAUGACAAACUUGAUUGCUUACGCUUCUUGGUCAAGCAAGGUUCCAACAUAGAGGCCACUCAGGCUGAUGGCAAAUCCCCAUCCCAUGUGGCAGCACUCCAUGGAGCCAUUAAUGUGUUACACUGGCUCUUUGAAAAAGGAGCAGAUCCAAACAAACAAGACUACUUUGGGAACACCCCAGGACAUUAUGCUUCAGAGGGAGGGUUUCCAGAAUGUCUCAGCUGUUAUCUUUAUCAUGAAGGGGACAUUGAAAAUCAGAAUAUUAAGGGUGAUACUCCACUAGACUCAGCCAAGAAGGCAGGCCAUCCAAUACUGAUGCAGAAAGCGUUAAACAAUGAAGUACCCUGUAAAACAUGUUUCCAAAAACACAAGAAGGCAGAGUGGGAGCGGUUGCAUCCACCUGCUAAUGUGGAGAGACAGAUCACAACAGCUAAAUCUGUAGCCUACAAAAAUCCACUCCCUAAAACCGAGAAAGCACCAACACAGCUGGAAAUAAAUUUGAUGAAGAGAGAGAAGAGACUAGAGAAACUGAUGCCAAAACCCACAGGACCAAAGCGAGAUGUCUCGGCUCAGUAUUACGGACAUUAUCUCGAUCCUAAUGAAGUGUUUAAAUUCAAGGCUUCUGAGGAAGCCAUUAGAUUCUAACCUGGAAUUGACAGAAAUAGUUCAAUAAAUAAGAUGGAUUUGCUUGGUGAACUGUAAGAGACCAGCAAUCUUAGGUCACUGAAGUGACUCAAUUGGAGCUUAGUUGGUCAUAACCUAGAUGACUUGACACUCAGGUGACCUUCAAGGUCUAUGGGCCUCUUGUUAAGAGAAUAAUGGUUUAUUUAUAUGUUGUCUGUGAUUUUACUAGACUUCUCAGAAAACUUACAUAACUACUGUCGGUAAAUUUUAAAGCAUUCUGUACUGAAAGUGUUUCUGUGAUAUAUGUAUUAAAAUUUCUAUUGUG